AGGCGGAAGUGUUGCUUUAGCCCAGCGCGAAUUUUCUUCAAGUUUCUGUGCUGACUGACAGCCUCAGCUCAGCAGCUCGCAGUGAGUUCAAGAGCCACGCAGGGCUAAAAUACUGUUUCAUGCAGAUCCGAGAGUCGGCUGCUGUGUCGGACACUUGAAGACAGAAAUGGCGGAUAGCGGAGAUCUAAUGGACGGUGAUCUGGAAGAUGGAGAGAUCUCCGGGUCCGGCUCGGAUACUGAGAUGGGAACCUCCGCCGCAGCAGCACAAGCUCGACCCCAGGUUCCUCCAGCUUUUGGCGGCCAGUCCUUCCAGCACAGAGCCGCUGCCCAGCCCUCUGCCGCCGCCUACCGCAGCGCCGGUGGGACGGUGGAGUCCAGCGACAGUGAGCAGGACUCGUCGGACGAGGAGGCGGCUGUUUGGCGCCGAAAGCGUCAGAAAGUGUCCAACGCUCCCCAGCCGCCUGCCUACACCACCCGGGCUGCGCCGACCCGCAUGCCCGGCCCCGGUGCACAGGGAGGCCGCAAGGUUAACAACAUCUGGGGCUCUGUGGUUCAGGAGCAAUGCCAGGAUGCCAUAGCUGCAGAGCUGGGCAUAUUUGGCAUGGAAGGUGAAGUUAGCAUGUCCAGCAGAAAUGUGGAGACUUAUAACUUUGUCCUGGCCCGUAAGAUAAUGGACAAGGAGAGGGAGAUGGAGAAGCAGAAGGAUGAUGGAGAAGUGAGCAUGCUGGACGCCCAGCUGGAGGAGUACAUGAAGGGCAGGGAAUCUGAGGAGAGGGCAGGAGGUGACGCAAAGAGGAAGAGGCCGGCUAAAGAGAGACUGGGGCCCAGGGCUGAGAUGGACAUCAAGGGCCGGUAUGAGAUCACAGAGGACGACUCUGACGAUAAGGUGGCGGAUGAGAUAGCACACAGGCUGCAAGAGCCUAAAAAAGACCUGAUAGAGCGCGUUGUUGAAGUUAUUGGGAAGAAAAAAGCCAUAGAGCUGCUUGGAGAGACUGCCACGCUUGAGGAAAGCGGAGGCGUGUACACCAUGGACGGCAGCAGGCGACGGACGCCCGGUGGCGUGUAUCUCAACCUGCUGAAGAACACACCCAGCAUCACUAAGGCCCAGAUCAGGAAGAUAUUCUUAGAGGAGCACCAGAAGGAGUAUAAGUGCAAGAAGGCCGCCCAGAAGAGGAGGCGGCACAUGGUGGCCAAGAAGAUGAAGCAGGCCAUCGGCACGCUAAACCUGCAGGAGCACGACGAUGUCUCCAGGGAGACUUUCGCCAGUGAUACCAAUGAGGCCUUGGAGUCACUGGAGGAGGCUGCAGAAGAGGAGGAAGAGGAGGCUCAGGAGGAAGCUGCUGUAGGCAUUGAGGAGACAGCGGUGGUCUACAACUCUGCAGACCUGGAGGUCUUCUGAGGACCGCCUGCUGUCCGAACACUGGGAGGGUUUGAACAGGACGGGACAUUUUGUAUUGAAAUGAAAUCCAAACACUUAAAACACAGUAUAAGCACUGUCUCUACUGAGUACAGAAUCACACCUGAGUGUCCUUUUUUUGUUUGUUUGUUUUACCUUAGAAAUAAAAAGAGAGCUUAUGUUCAUUAAAAUGUAGUUUUGUUGGGUAAAUGCAUGGAUCUGUAGAGUUCAAUCAAAGCGAUCAAUUGUACCCACGUUGUUGCAGCAUAUUGGAGUAACAGUGAGGCACUCUUGUUGAUUUUCACUCUUGUUGAUAGUAACUUUCUUUGUUCUAAUUAAAUUUCCAUUAUGAGAUAA